AUGGCUCCUGUGUACUCGCAGACCGAAGAUGCGGCCCUGAAGCGCCGGCUGGCGCUCGCCCGGUCGACGGGGCCGCUGGCGUUUUUCCAGAACCUGCGCGUCGUCGGUAUCGCGACGUUUGCGUGCUUGGGCGGUUUGCUCUACGGUUACAACCAGGGUGUUUUUAGCGGCAUCUUGACCAUGACCUCCUUCGGAAAGCACAUGGGCGAAUACGUCGCCGACUCGACCAAGAAGGGUUGGCUCACUGCGAUCCUUGAACUGGGUGCCUGGUUCGGAACACUGUACUCGGGUUUCCUCGCCGAGGUGCUCAGCCGCAAGUACUCCAUCCUGGUCAGCACGGCCAUCUUCAUCCUGGGUGUCGUCAUCCAGUGCACCGCUGUCAGCGCCUCCGGACCCAAGUCCAUCCUUGCGGGUCGGUUCAUCACCGGCAUGGGCGUGGGCUCUCUCUCGAUGAUUGUUCCGAUGUACAACGCCGAGUGUGCUCCUCCUGAAAUCCGUGGCAUGCUGGUCGGUAUCCAACAGUUCUCGAUCGAGUUCGGUAUCAUGGUCUCGUUCUGGAUCGACUACGGAACCAACUACAUCGGCGGCACCGGCGA